ACAGAGGUCUCUCUUGUGUUGAACCACUAAAUGGUUUUAUCUAGAGGAGAGGAACAUGUUAAUGUUGGAGAAGAGGACAUACAGAGGGCUCUCUUGUGUUGAACCACUAAAUGGUUUUAUCUAGAGGAGAGGAACAUGUUAAUGUUGGAGAAGAGGACAUACAGAGGCCACAUAAUAGAGGAUUCUGUGGAAUGAGGGUUUGAAGGGCUGGGGUGUAAUCCUGCAGUAUAGGGUAGAUUAGAAGGCUGUCAUCAGAGCUUUUGUUCCUGGGAGAAUCCCUCUGGAAAUGUUGACAAAGGCUGCAAGAGACAUGAAGGGGGGAGGAGGGGGGUGUACUUCUAAGAGUGUGUACUGCACAUGAAAUGCCCUUGCCUGACCCCAGCACUGUAGGCAGCUCUCACAUCCUAGAAUGCCACCACCACCCUACUCCCCUCUUUGUACUGACGUGACAUACACACAUCCCUAGACAGUCUCCCCUCUCUCCCUAGACAGUCUCCCCUCUCUCCCUAGACAGUCUCCCCUCUCUCCCUAGACAGUCUCCCCUCUCUCCCUAAACAGUCUCUCCUCUCUCCCUAGUCUCCCCCCUCUCUCCCUGGACAGUCCCCUCUCUCCCUAGUCUCCCCUCUCUCCCUAGACAGUCUCCCCUCUCUCCCUAGACAGUCUCCCCUCUCUCCCUAGACAGUCUCCCCUCUCUCCCUAAACAGUCUCCCCUCUCUCCCUAGACAGUCUCCCCUCUCUCCCAGUCUCCCUCUCUCCUCUCUCCUCUCCAUCUCCCUAUCUCAGUCUCCCUCUCUCCCUAGACAGUCCCCCUCCUCCCUCUCCCCUCUAGAGUCUCCCUCUCUCCCUACAUCUCCUCUCUCCCUAGAGUCUCCCCUCUCUCCUAACAGUCUCUCCUCUCUCCCUAACAGUCCUCUCCUCUCCUCUCCCCUAGACAGUCUCCCCCUCUCCUCUCCUAGACAGUCUCUCCCUCUCUCCUCGUCUCCUCCCUAACAGUCCCUCCUUCCUCCUCUCUCCCUAGACAGUCUCCCCUCUCUCUUCUCUCCUCUCUCUCCCUAGACAGUCUCCCCUCUCUCCUCUUUCUCCCCUCUCCCCUCUCUCCCUCUCUCCUAACGUUCCCCCUGCUCCUCUCCCUACAUCUCUCCUCCUCUCUCCUAGACAGUGUCCCCUCUCUCUUCUAUCCUCUCUCUCCUCUUUCUCCCCUCUCUCCUCUCUCUCCCUCUCUCUCCCUCUCUCCCUAGACAAUGUCCCCUCUCUCACGCUGUCCUAUUGCUGCGUAGUUUCCUCACAGGCCAUGCAGAUUAAACAUCCAGCACAGUGCACAGUUCCAGAGUUCGCUGUUUGAAUACUGUACUGUACUUCAGAUCAUAAACCCUAAUCUGAAUUGGAGUCAGAGACAGCUUUUUGAUCUGGCUUACACCUGAUUCUGAAUCAGGUCUUAUCCUUCAUAACACCCUAAUCUGUUACACUUUCGCCCAAACCCCAUUGAUCUGGAGUCAGUCUCAGCCAUGAUAAGUAUGUGGUCUUUACUGGUGAACCCUGUAAAAGGGUUAGCCUUCUCAUCCUACCAACUCUGCUAUGAAGAGUGUUUGGUGGUAAUAGAAAACAUGAGUAACAGUCUGCGUUCCCACAAUGGCACCCUACUCCAUUCAUACCAUAGGUUCUGGUCAAAAGUAGUGCACUAUAUAGGGGAUAGGGUGCCAUUUGGGACACAGCCAAGGAGUCUGUCUGUAGCGAAUAAGGGGGGCCAGCUGUUCAUUGGGAAACUGCUCUGUAGCCAAGCAGAUGGCUGACCGGGUUGGAAAACACCAAAUAGGAACAUUCCUGGAUAUUUAUGACCUGUUUCACACACACACACACACACACACACACACACACACACACACACACACACACACACACACACACACACACACACACACACACACACACACACACACACACACACACACACACACACACACACACACACACACACACUCAGGCAGUCUAGUGUACUAUAGCACUUGGUAACUAUCAGAUCCCUCUACAUCCCCAGCUCCCCUAACAACAACUGGUGAUAAAGACUGAUCUGGGCUGGGCUGGGCUGGUGGAAUGUCUGGACUUCACUGGGCUGGGCUGGACUGGGCUGGUGGAAUGUCUGGACUGGACUAAAUUGGGCUGGGCUGGGCUGGAGCUGGGCUGGGCUGGUGGAAUGUCUGGACUGGACUUGACUGGGCUGGGCUGGACUGGGCUGGAGGAAUGUCUGGACUGGACUUAACUGGUGCUGGGCUGGGCUGGAGGAAUGUCUGGACUGGACUAAACUGGGCUGGGCUGGGCUGGUGGAAUGUCUGGACUGGACUUAACUGGGCUGGGCUGGAGGAAUGUCUGGACUGGACUAAACUGGGCUGGUGGAAUGUCUUGACUGGACUUAACUGGGCUGGGCUGGGGGAAUGUCUGGACUGGACUUCACUGGGCUGGGCUGGACUGCUUGGGGAAUAUCUGGACUGGACUAAACUGGGCUGGGCUGGACUGGGCUGGGGGAAUGUCUGGACUGGACUAAACUGGGCUGGGCUGGGGGAAUGUCUGGACUGGACUUAACUGGGAUGGGCUGGGGGAAUGUCUGGACUGGACUUAACUGGGAUGGCCUGGACUGGGCUGGAGGAAUGUCUUGACUGGGUGUCUGGACAUUUUGCCAGCUGGGCCUAUGUGUGUGUGUGUGUGUGUGUGUGUGUGUGUGUGUGUGUGUGUGUGUGUGUGUGUGUGUGUACUUGGCCUAAGCAUACACACACCCUACUGUAGUCUUGAGUGAUCAGGUGCUAUAACAGGACUGUAGCCCCACUCAGCCCUGUCCACUGUUCCACUUCACAUCAGGUGAAGGGUUAGGGCCCUCUCCUCCCUCUCCCCCUGUAUCUCUCCAGGCAGGUGAAGGGUUAGGGCCCUCUCCUCCCUCUCCCCCUGUAUCUCUCCAGGCAGGUGAAGGGUUAGGGCCCUCUCCUCCCUCUCCCCCUGUAUCUCUCCAGGCAGGUGAAGGGUUAGGGCCCUCUCCUCCCUCUCCCCCUGUAUCUCUCCAGGCAGGUGAAGGUUAGGGCCCUCUCCUCCCUCUCUCCCCCUGUAUCUCUCCAGGCAGGUGAAGGGUUAGGGGCCCUCCUCCUCCCUCUCCCCCCUGUAUCUCUCCAGGCAGGUGAAGGGUUAGGGCCCUCUCCUCCUUCUCCCCUGUAUCUCUCCAGGCAGGUGAAGGGUUAGUGGCCCUCUCCUCCUUCUCCCCCUGUAUCUCUCCAGGCAGGUGAAGGUUAGGGCCCUCUCCUCCUUCUCCCCCUGUAUCUCUCCAGGCAUGUGAAGGGUUAGGGGCCCUCUCCCUCUUCUCCCCCUGUAUCUCUCCAGGCAGUGAAGGGUUAGGGCCCUCUCCUCCCUCUCCCCCUGUAUCUCUCCAGGCAGGUGAAAGGGUUAGGGCCCUCUCCUCCCUUCUCCCCCUGUAUCUCUCCAGGCAGGUGAAGGGUUAGGGCCCUCUCCUCCUUCUCCCCCUGUAUCUCUCCAGGCAGGUGAAGGGUUAGGGCCCUCUCCUCCUUCUCCCCCUGUAUCUCUCCAGGCAGGUGAAGGGUUAGGGCCCUCUCCUCCUCUCCCCCUGUAUCUCUCCAGGCAGGUGAAGGUUUAGGGCCCUCUCCGUCCCUCUCCCCCCUGUAUCUCUCCAGCAGGUUGAAGGGUUAGGGCCCUCUCCUCCUUCUCCCCCUGUAUCUCUCCAGGCAGGUGAAGGUUUGGCCCUCUCCUCCUUCUCCCCCUGUAUCUCUCCAGGCAGGUGAAGGGUUAGGGCCCUCUCCUCCCUCUCCCCCUGUACUCUCUCCAGGCAGGUGAAGGGUUAGGGCCCUCUCCUCUUCCCCUGAUUCCCAGGGGGUAAAAAGGGUUUUAGGGGCCCCUCCCCCUCCCCCUGUAUCUCCCCAGGCGGGGGGGUUUAGGGUUUUUUUUUUGGGUAAAGGGUUAGGGCCCUCUACCCCUUCCCGUAUCUCCCAGGCAGGUAAAGGGGGUUUUAGGGGGGCCCUUUUUUUUCCCCCCUCCCCCUCCCCCUGUAUCUCCCCAGGCAGGUGAAGGGUUAAAAUUAAGGGCCCUUUUCCCCUCUUCCCCCUGUUUUCCCCGGUGGGGGGGGUUGGGCCCUCCCCACCCCCUACCCCCCCGAGUUUGAAGGGGGGGUUAAUUUGUUAACCCUUUUUUUUUUAAAACCGGGGCCCCCUUUCCCCGUUUAAAACCCAAAAAGGGCGUGAAAAGGGGAAAGAAAAAGAAGGUUGCCCCAAUUUUUUUAAGGGAGGGUUGGGGGGAAAAAGUUUUUUUUUUAAGAAAAAGGAGGGGGAUGGGAAGGAGGGAAAAAGGGAAAAAGGGGGGGGAAAAGGGAAGGGGGUUUGGGCCCCGGGGUUUUUCCCAAACCCGAAAGGGGGGUUUAAGGGGGGUAAAAGGGCCCAAAAGGGAAAAAAAGGGGGGGGAAAAGAGAAAAAAAAAAAACCCCCCGAGAAAACCCCCAAAGGGGAAAAGGGGCCCCAAAAAAAGGGGGAACAAAGGGGGAAAGGGGGGACCCAAGGGGGAAGACCGGGCCCAGGGGGGAGGGCCCGGGAGGGAAAAAGGGCCCCCAGGGAGGGGGAGGGGGACAAAGGGGAGAAGGGAGAGGGGGGAGGGGGAAAGAGCAAGGGGGAAGGGAGAGGAGGAGAAAGGGAGAGGGAGGAAAAGGUGGAGGGAGAAGAAAGAGGAAGAAGGGAGAACGGAGGAGGCAAAGGAAGAGAGGAGAGGGAGGGAGAGAGGGAAGAGGGAAGGAGGGGAAAAGGGGAAAGAAGGGGCGCGAGGCGAGAAAGAAGGCGAGGGAGGAAAUGAGAGAAGGGCGGAGAGCCCCGCGAAAAGGGGGGAGAGAGAAAAGAGGGGAAAGAGACGGAAAAGGGGGAAACGAGAAAGAGGGGAAGGAGAAUUUUUAAAUAUCCUUCAUUUUUCUCUUAUUUCCAUUAAUUCCCUAUCUCUUUAUUUUUUAAAAACCCGACCCCCAAAAGGGCCGCCCCCCCAAAACCCCUUUUUUGAGCCCCCAACCCCCCCUAAAAAUUUUCCCCCCCCGCCCCCUUCUUUUUUUCUUUCUUUUUUUUUCCCUUUUAUUUCCCCAUAAAGGUUUCUCCUCCCACCCUUUUCCCCCCCCUCCCCCCGUCCCUGUUGCUUGAAGCCCCUCGGGUUCCCUUUUUGAGAAUAUCUGAGAUUCCUCUCAGGUAAAACAGGCGACUCAGGUUCCUGCUCCCAAACCGCACUCACCUCCCCCCUCUCCUACUCCCUCCACCACUCCCAUGACCUCCUUUCCGUUCCCACAUAGUGAUUUUUGGACGGAUGGAUGAAGGGAUGAAGGGAGGGAGGUUUAGAAGGAAGGAUGGAGGGAGGGAUGGAGUGGGCUGGGUUCGUAGGAUAAAUUCAACUGUCCGUAACCGGUCCAGUUGUUAUAGAGGGGAAGGAAUUUACAAGAUGGAAAAAUAUGUAGUGACAUGAACCUAUGAACCAGAACCCUCUAGAGCCCACUAGAACCCAGCGGAACCAGAACCCAGAACUGAACAGCUAAAGAAACACACACAUCCUCCUUGACCAUCACAGACACUGUAGUUUGUCCACGGUCUGACCAUUGGGGGGGAUACAGGAUGGAAACUGGGCCCUGCCCUCUCAUUAGUAAAAGGUGGUCUGAGGGAAACUUAAUACAGUGAUAAGCCCUGGUGUUAGCUAGGUAGUGUGUGUGUGUCUGUGUCUGUGUGUGUGUUGGGUUUGGCUGUACCCUUCAGUCCAGCUCUCCAGGUUGUGUUACAGUACAAAGCUCCACCAGGGAUAGUUAGUUUAUUUCUGCGCCACAAAUAGCACCCUAUUGCCUUUAUAGUGCACUACUUUUGACCAGUACCCCUAGGCACUAUAGGGAGCCAUUUGGGAUGCAUCCUAUAUCUGUUAGAGUCCAGAACCUGGAACACACAGUGUUAUUAUUCCUGAGUCCUCAUUGGGACAGCAAUGCCACAACGAUCAGCCCCCACUUUGCUGUGGUUUCACUGUUUUCUCUGGCGCUAUGUCACUCUUUCUCUCUUUCUGUCAUGUUCUGUCUCUUUCAGCCUCCAUCCGUCCUGUGGUCUGUUCUGUGUUUUCUUUUCUGUUUAUAUUGCUCAUUGGGUUGGAUGUUGGAUGUUCCUUUCGACCCUGGUCAAUGACGUUCAGUAGUGUGUGCGUUGGUUCAGCACAUGCUGUGGUUAGAGUGAACCCGUUCAUCAGUCCAAGCCGAGAGUCCCUGCUGGUCAUUUUCUCCCCUGUUUCUCCCCUGACUCCCCCAGCCUCCCCCUGUCUCUCCCUGCCUCCCCUGCCUCGCCUGCCUCCCCCAGCCUCCCCUGUUUCUCCCCUGCCUCCCCCUGUCUCUCCCCUGCCUCCCCCAGCCUCCCCUGUUUCUCUCCUGCCUCCCCCUGUCUCUCCCCUGCCUCCCCCUGUCUCUCCCCUGCCUCCCCCAGCCUCCCCCUGUCUCCCCCCAGCCUCCACCUGUCUUUCCCCUGCCUCCACCAGCCUCCACCUGUCUUCCCCCAUUCUCCCCAGCCUCCCCCUGUCACUCACUGUCUCCCCCUGCCUCCUCCUGUCUUCCCCCUGUCUCCCCCAGCCUCCCCUGUCUCCCUCAGCCUCCACCUGUCUCCCCCAGCCUCCCCCUGUCUCCCCCAGCCUCCCCUGUCUCCCCCAGCCCCCCCGUCUCCCCCAGCCUCCACCUGUCUUCCCCCAUUCUCCCCAGCCUCCCCCUGUCACUCACUGUCUCCCCCUGCCUCCUCCUGUCUUCCCCCGGUCUCCCCCAGCUUCCCCUGUCUCCCCCAGCCUCCACCUGUCUCCCCCAGCCUCCACCUGUCUCCCCCAGCCUCCACCUGUCUUCCCCCAGCCUCCCCCUGUCACUCACUGUCUCCCCCUGCCUCCUCCUGUCUUCCCCCUGCCUCCCCCCAGCCUGAGGACACACUGUACAGGCCCAUGCUCUGGCCUGCGGGAGACCCCUCCAUCCCUUCAUCCUUCCAUUUCUCCAACCCUCCAGCCCACCUUCCCUCCACCAGUGGGGCCCCACUCCUCCUGCCAAACCGAGCCCAGCAAUGUGCCUCUGUCCCUGGCCAAACUCAGACCGAUCACUGGGCCUCAUGGAGGCUUCAUGGUCUCAUGGUUCUGGGUCCAGUCUCCCCUCUGAAAUAGUCCAGGGGUUUGGCCCCGACCCUCAGGCAUGUCUAUAUUUCCCGUGUGUGAUGGAGACAGAACAGAUUUGGAAAGAUAACACCCGUUGUUCCAUCGUUAGCUCAGUCUCUUCGAAUGGGUUUGAUGUAGGACAGGGAAGGAGGAGGCACAGCAAACCAAAAUUGGUUAUGUGAGAGUUCACCGAACAUUUAUUAGGUCGCGGCAAAUGUUCUCAUAACACAAAAACUGUCCAGUCAUGGUGAUGAUUAUAGAAUGUUUGUAUAAAACAUUCGCCUGAUGUUGUAGAACGUUCAGAGAACACAUUUAAUCUGUUCUUUAAAGGUUCCGAGAAUGUUUCAUUUGGUUGUGGGAAUAGUCUGGUGAGGGCAUUGUGGGGACAUUGCAAAAGAUAUGUUCCCAAAACACAAAAACUGUCCAGUUGGGCAGAUGAUUCUACAAUGUUUCUUUUAGGGUACAAAAAACAUUCACCUGAUGUUACAAGAACGUUCCCAGAACACAUUUAGUCUGUUCUUUAAAAGGUUCCCAGAAUGUUUAUUCAGGUUGUGGUAACAUUGUGGGGACAUGACAAUAGAUACAUUGCCUUCAGAAAGUAUUCACACCCCUUGACCUUUUCCACAUUUUGUUUCGUUAUAGCCUGAAUUUAAAAUAGAUUAAAUUGAGAUUUUGUGACACUGGACUACACACAAUACCCAAUAUUGUCAAUGUUUUAUAUUUUUACAAAUUAAUUACAAAUGAAAAGCUGAAAUGUCUUGCGUCAAUAAGUAUUCAACCCCUUUGUUAAGGCAAGCCUAAAUAAGUUCAGGAGUAAAAAUCUGCUUAACAAGUCACAUAAUAAGUUGCAUGGACUCUGUAUGCAAUAAUUAUUUGUAAGGUCCCUCAGUCGAGUAGUGAAUUUCAAACACAGAUUCAAGUUCAAAGACCAGGGAGGUUUUCCAAUGCCUCCGACUUCAAUAUACAGUUGAAGUCGGAAGUUUACAUACACUUAGGUUGGAGUCAUUAAAGCUCGUUUUUUCAACCACUCCACAAAUGUCUUGUUAACAAACUAUAGUUUUGGCAAGUCGGUUAGGACAUCUACUUUGUGCAUGACACAAGUACAUUUUCCAACAAUUGUUUACAGACAGAUUAUUUCACUUAUAAUUCACUGUAUCACAAUUCCAGUGGGUCAGAAGUUUACAUACACUAAGUUGACUGUGCCUUUAAACAGCUUGGAAAAUUCCAGGAAAUGAUGUCAUGGCUUUAGAAGCUUCUGAUAGGCUAAUUGACAUCAUUUGAGUCAAUUGGAGGUGUACCUGUGGAUGUAUUUCUAGGCCUACCUUCAAACUCAGUGCCUCUUUGCUUGACAUCAUGGGAAAAUCAAAAGAAAUCAGCCAAGACCUCAGAAAAAAAUGUGUAGACCUCUGGUUCAUCCUUGGGAGCAAUUUCCAAACGCCUGAAGGUACCAUGUUCAUAUGUACAAACAAUAGUACGCAAGUAUAAACACCAUGGGACCACGCAGCCGUCAUACCGCUCAGAAAGGAGACGCGUUCUGUCUCCUAGAGAUGAACGUACUUUGGUGCGAAAAGUGCAAAUCAAUCUCAGAACAACAGCAAAGGACCUUGUGAAGAUGCUGGAGGAAACAGGUACAAAAGUAUCUACAUCCACAGUAAAACGAGUCCUAUAUCGACAUAACCUGAAAGGCCGCUCAGCAAGGAAGAAGCCACUGCUCCAAAACCGUCAUAAAAAAGCCAGACUACGGUUUGCAACUGCACAUGGGGACAAAGAUCAGACUUUUUGGAGAAAUGUCCUCUGGUCUGAUGAAACUGAAUGAACUGUUUGGCCAUAAUGACCAUCGUUAUGUUUGGAGGAAAAAGGUGGAAGGCUUGCAUGCCGAAGAACCCCAUCCCAACCGUGAGGCACAGGGGUGGCAGCAUCAUGCUGUGGGGGUGCUUUGCUGUAGGAGGGACUGGUGCACUUCACAAAAUAGAUGGCAUCAUGAGGAAGGAAAAUUAUGUGGAUAUAAUGAAGCAACAUCUCAAGACAUCAGUCAGGAAGUUAAAGCUUGGUCGCAAAUGGGUCUUCCAAAUGGACAAUGACCCCAAGCAUACUUCCAAAGUUGUGGCAAUAUGGCUAAAGGACAACAAAGUCAAGGUAUUGGAGUGGCCAUCACAAAGCCCUGACCUCAAUCCUAUAGAACAUUUGUGGGCAGAACUGAAAAGGCGUGUGCAAGCAAGGAGGCCAACAAACCUGACUCGGUUACACCAGCUCUGUCAGGAGGAAUGGGCCAAAAUUCACCCAACUUAUUGUGGGAAGCUUGUGGAAGGCUACCCGAAACGUUUGACCCAAGUGAAACAAUUUAAAGGCAAUGCUACCAAAUGCUAAUUGCUUGUAUGUAAACUGCUGACCCACUGGGAAUGUGAUGAAAGAAAUAAAAGCUGAAAUUAAUAAUUCUCUCUACUAUUAUUCUGACAUUUCACAUUCUUAAAAUAAAGUGGUGAUCCUAACUGACCUAAGACAGGGAAUUUUUACUAGGAUUAAAUGUCAAGAAUUGUGAAAAACUGAGUUUAAAUGUAUUUGGCUAAGGUGUAUGUAAACUUACGACUUCAACUGUAUAUCCCUUUUAGCAUGGUGAAGUUAUAAAUUACUCUUGGUGUAUCAAUACUCCCAGUCACUACAAAGAUACAGGCGUCCUUCCUAACUCACUUUUCAGAAAUGGCGUACUCAGAAAGGUAAUAUCAGUAAAAAAUAUAUAAAAUUCCCAGUUCAUGCUGCAAGGUUUAAAAAAAAAAGUGAUAUUUGACUAUAAAAUUCCAUGACAUAGAGUAAGACAUUGUUAGCAGAAUAGAUGGAUGCAGUUCAAUGCAUGAUUAAUAUAAUUCACCUAUACAUUUCUUGGUAGUCCAACAAAUAUUACUAUCAGGUUGUAAAUCACAGCUGGUACAUUGUUUGCCGCCUCCAGCCAUUCGGGAUGCACUGUUUCAGUUUCAAUGACUCAAUAUUUUCGACAAAAAUGGAUGAAUGUAACUAAGGCUGGGAAUGUCAAUACAAUCAAAGUAGAAAAUGUGGAAAAUGGCUUAUUUGCAUAUAGGCCUGCUGUAGUACUGAUUGGCUGUGGCGCACCGGUCUGUGUAGAGUCCGGUCCUGGACAAGACUGACACAUUUUUAUUAGGUUUUAUUUACUGCAGUGUCUAUUAAUUGUCCAAACGCACGGCUGCUUUCCCACUCUAUAUUGCUGUAGAAUUUUCACAAAUGCCUUACUAUAAGUCAUUCCCAAACAUUCUAUGAAAGAAUGAAAACGUGAAAAUUACCAUAUCUAAGUGCUCACUGUCAGAAAAUGUGACUAACAGAUGCAUAUCUGUAUUCCCCAGUCAUGUGAAAUCCAUGAGAUCAUUUACCGCGACCUAACACAUUUUCUGGGAACUUUCACAGAACCAAUUUUGGUUUUGCUGGGAAAACAUUACUGGUACAUUGUGUUAUUACAUUACCUGUAAACCUAUAUAAUACAAAUAUUUUGUUAUUAAAAACACUAUCUCUUUGUUUUUGGGAUGUUAUCAUCCUGAUUUUAAAUAAAACCCUAACUAGAACUUAAUGGGAAUCUUAGCUAAUGUUCUGGGAAUGAUCCCGGUUUGCUGGGGGGGCUUUGAUAGGUUAGACUAGGACAUCAUUAGGUGGCUAGAGAGCAAUAAUCCUCUGCUUCUUCCUCUUCAUCCUCCAUCCUCUCUUUCCUCUUUUCGCUUCCUGUUCUCCCAUCUCUGCCAGCUCCUACAACGAGCCUCUCACGUUUCACCCUAAUUGCAGAGGUGAACAGGGUAUGGGGUUUAUGAGGGAUGUGUUUGCCUUUCUCACACUCAUAAGCAGUACAGUAAAGCCACACUCAGGACAGCCGCUGUUGACUUUGGAGCUGGCUUUAGGUGGCCAGGAGAACGCCUGUCUCCAGUCUCCGGUCCUACAGCCCUACAGCCAGACCCAGACCUGGGGCCGAGGGGUCCUCGAGACAGGCCGGCAGGCGCCAGGGUGGAGGCUACAACUGACCAACCAGAGUUCGGAGACCAUUAAUCCAUCAAUUAGACAUUAGAAUGAAAGGAAUAACCUCUCCUCAGCUGCCAUGGAUACAACUAGACUGGGCGUUGACCUGAACAGAACAGGCCCAGAGUUCUAGAAUAUAGAAUACUCUCAGGGUUCUCUUACGGAACUCUAUUAGUUAUUUAUUUCAUCUUCUUCUAAAAGGGUCUUCUCUCUUUCCUCCUCCUCUUCUCUUCCUCUCUCUCUUUCUAAUUUUCAUUCAUCCCCCAGUUGUGUUAAAAAGAAAAAGAGCAGAGUUUUCUUCUUCUUCUUUAUGUCCUGGAUUCUGUUAAACUUCAGAGACGGUUUUUCCCUUGGCAGCCGAGCACACAGAGACAGGCAUGCCAUAUUUGCACGUGUGGAGUGAAUCAUACACCCCCCCUCCAUCCCUCCAUCUCUGCAUCCCUCCAUCCAUCCAUCCCUCCAUCCCUCCAUCUCUCCAUCCCUCCAUUCCUCCAUCCCUCCAUCCCCCUCUCCCCCUCUCCACCAAACCACCCUGACAGAUUGAAUAUCGACAGAUUGAAAAAAUUAGCGCUUUGAGAACAGAGAGAGAGGAAUUGAGAGAAAGAGUAAGAUCGGGUGACUGUGAAUGUGGAAAAAGGAAAAGGAGAAAGAGAAGAUGACGGUAACAGAGCUGGCUCAGUACAGACCUGUUUUACAGCGUUGGGUUAGGGUUAGAGCCUGCCUACCUUUUACUGUGCUGGUGUGGUGGUGUAUGACCCAGUACAGACCUGUUUUACAGCGUUGGGUUAGGGUUAGAGCCUGCUUGGACCUUUUACUGUGCGGUCGGCGGCGAUAGAUUCCCAGCAUGCAUAGCUGUGAGCAGGCCCCAUCCAGAGUUUACCGCAGCCACUCAUCAGACAGGCCGCAGGGUUCGACCUAACACUACACAAUACCAAUAUUUCCAGGAAUCGAACCCACUACUCUGGCGUUACAAGCACCAUGCUCUACCAACUGAGCUACGAAGAAGAACCACGAAGAGACGGUGGAGAGAGGAAGAGAGGGAGAGAGUAUAAGCCUGACUGAGUUAGCUCUGGAACUAGAGGAGAAAGGCAGAGAGAGAGGGAAAGAGAGAGAGAGAGAGAGCAUCACCACAGAUUGUCCAUUAUAUUGACCAGAUACUCAAGUGGCCACUCUAACAAUGAAAAUAAAUGUCUUCAAAAAUUGAAUUAAAUCGGGAGGAGGCAAGAUCAGUUGGGACCAUUCUAGCCAAUGAGAGGGCAGAUAAGCAUGUGAACAACAGGCGCAACUCCGAUGUAAAAUGACAGAAUUUGGGCCCAGUUUUCCCUCUCGCUUUGCCUCUUCCUCUCUGGCAUCACAUAGCCAAAUGACUCACAGGCAAGCCAUCAGAGGUCAUUGUCCCAUUUUGAUUCCCUCAAAUCCAUUUUGAAUCCCUUAACCCAAACCCCAAAAGUCUAGUGUCUGUGUAGUACGUAUCUGGUCUGUCACUUCCAUUCAGUCUGAGACCUGACAGAGACAGUGUUACUGAGAGCUCCUCCAAUCGAUAUAAUGCUUUAUAAUGCUUUAAAAUGCUUUAUAAUGCUUUAUAAGCUCCAGGUUUCAGAGGGUAUCCAUUUUUAUUAGACUCAGAUUCCUUUUAGCAAACAGAGUGGCUGGAUGUUCCUCUAUAGUCAUAAACACACAUUCUCAUGGACUUAUAUUGGAUGUUGCAUAAUAUGUUGCACGCACACACACACACACACACACACACACACACACACACACACACACAGACCUGUGUGACAGAUGACGGCGACUCACACAGUGGAAGUAACGAAGGCAGAGAGAGCGCUGGGAGCUCUUCCUGUGUGUGUGUGUGUGUGUGUGUGUGUGUGUGUGUGUGUGUGUGUGUGUGCUGGCUGCUCCCCUUUCAGAGCAUCAGAGCAUCCGCUGGUUGUCCAUUAGCCAAGCUAAAGUUAGACCAGACUAGGACAUUAGGAAGCCCAUGUAGGACUAUUACCAGACAGCGGAUGGGAUGUUAUGUCCUCACAGCACUAGUACCCUUGUUAUGUUAGAGAGGCACAUACAGAACUUGUGAGGGGAUGUUCUGGAGCCUUUUAGUGUGUCUUGUCUACCUCAGGGAUGACUUUAACAGCCAGGUGAAGAGUUAUACAUUUAUAAGGCUAACAACCCGAAUGUGGUUAUACUGUUAUUUUACUUGUUUUGUCAUGGUAGAAUAAAUAUACAGCUCUACGUAUACAGCUCUACAUAUACAGCUCUACGUAUACAGCUCUACAUAUACAGCUCUACAUAUACAGCUCUAUGUAUACAGCUCUACGUAUACAGCUCUACAUAUACAACUCUACGUAUACAAAUCUAGAUAUACAGCUCUACAUAUACAGCUCUACGUAUACAGCUCUACAUAUACAGCUCUAGAUAUACAGCUCUACGUAUACAGCUCUAGAUAUACAGCUCUACAUAUACAGCUCUACGUAUACAGCUCUACAUAUACAGCUCUACAUAUACAGCUCUACGUAUACAGCUCUACAUAUACAGCUCUACGUAUACAGCUCUACAUAUACAGCUCUACAUAUACAGCUCUACGUAUACAGCUCUACAUAUACAACUCUACGUAUACAGCUCUACGUAUACAGCUCUAGAUAUACAGCUCUACAUAUACAGCUCUACAUAUACAGCUCUACGUAUACAGCUCUACAUAUACAGCUCUACGUAUACAGCUCUACGUAUACAGCUCUACAUAUACAGCUCUACAUAUACAGCUCUACGUAUACAGCUCUACAUAUACAGCUCUACGUAUACAGCUCUACGUUAACAGCUCUACAUAUACAGCUCUAGAUAUACAGCUCUACGUAUACAGCUCUACGUAUACAGCUCUACAUAUACAGCUCUAGAUAUACAGCUCUACGUAUACAGCUCUACGUAUACAGCUCUACAUAUACAGCUCUACAUAUACAGCUCUAGAUAUACAGCUCUAGAUAUACAGCUCUAGAUAUACAGCUCUACGUAUACAGCUCUACGUAUACAGCUCUACAUAUACAGCUCUACGUAUACAGCUCUACAUAUACAGCUCUACAUAUACAGCUCUACAUAUACAGCUCUACAUAUACAGCUCUACGUAUACAGCUCUAGAUAUACAGCUCUACGUAUACAGCUCUACGUAUACAGCUCUAGAUAUACAGCUCUACGUAUACAGCUCUACGUAUACAGCUACUUACAGCUUACAUACAGCUCUACGUAUACAGCUCUACGUAUACAGCUCUACGUAUACAGCUCUACGUAUACAGCUCUACGUAUACAGCUCUACGUUAACAGCUCUACAUAUACAGCUCUAGAUAUACAGCUCUACGUAUACAGCUCUACGUAUACAGCUCUACGUAUACAGCUCUACAUAUACAGCUCUACGUAUACAGCUCUACGUAUACAGCUCUACGUAUACAGCUCUACGUAUACAGCUCUAAAUAUACAGCUCUACGUAUACAGCUCUACGUAUACAGCUCUACAUAUACAGCUCUACGUAUACAGCUCUACAAAUACAGCUCUACGUAUACAGCUCUACAAAUACAGCUCUACGUAUACAGCUCUACAGCUCUACGUAUACAGCUCUACAAAUACAGCUCUACGUAUACAGCUCUACGUAUACAGCUCUACGUAUACAGCUCUACGUAUACAGCUCUAGAUAUACAGCUCUACGUAUACAUCUCUACAUAUACAGCUCUACGUAUACAGCUCUACAUAUACAGCUCUACAUAUACAGCUCUACAUAUACAGCUCUAGAUAUACAGCUCUACGUAUACAUCUCUACGUAUACAUCUCUACAUAUACAGCUCU